UUUGUUGUGAAGGGAGUUGUUGGGCAUUCUCAACAGAUGCUGUGGUGGAAGGGAUCAAUAAAAUUGUGAUGGGGGAGUUGAUAUCUCUGUCAGAGCAAGAGUUGGUGGACUGGUUCUGUAACAACAGCAGCAGCAGUGCAUUAAUCUACCAAAGUUAGUGGAAUUUUGGCAUCCACAUCUUUGAUGACAUGGAGUUUAUGAUACUCUUCUUUCCAGGGAUCAAACAAUCUUAUUGCAAGCUUGCCAGAAGAUUUAGCAAAUUGUUCCAAAUUGUCCAAGCUAGAUAUGGAGCAAAAAACUUGUUGAAUGGCAUACCAGACAGCAUUGGAGGCCUUUCACGUCUAAUUCAUCUUGAUCUCCACCAGAACAGAAUCUCAUCAAUCCCUUCAUCAAUCAUGGGUUGUCAUUCACUUGCCGAGAUUUAUUUUGGGAAUAACAACCUUUCUACAGUACCUAUGGAGAUUGGGGCACUUUCUCAUCUAGGGACUUUAGAUCUUCACUCUAACCAGCUGAAGGAGUAUCCAGUAGAGGCAUGCAAAUUGAAUCUUCUUGUGUUGGAUCUUUCAAACAAUUCACUGAGUGGGUUACCCGCUGAAAUUGGUAAGAUGACCACCUUGAGGAAACUUUUGCUUACUGGAAAUCCUUUGCGGACUCUCCGAAGCUCAUUCGACACUGGACCUACACAAGCAUUACUCAAAUAUCUCCGAGGUAGACUUUCUGAAGCUGAAGAUUCUGGAGCAGUAAUCACAGCAAAAGAUGAAGUAAUUGCAAUGGCUACCCGGCUGUCUAUCACUUCAAAGGUGUUGCAUCUUUUGUAAAGGAAUAUAUAUAUAUAUAUAAACAGCAUACAAUUACCAUUGUCAGCACUCAGUAGCCAUAUAUGAUUAAUUGCACAAAAGCAAAACAAUUCGAGUAAAAUUUGAUUUGACUGGUGUAUCAAUUUAAGAUUUUGUUUAGGACAAAAUUAACACAAUUGAUUAUGUUAUACAUCCAUUAUAUAACAUCUAAGUUGAUUACUAAGUGACUAUAACAACCGGUUCAUUUUGAAGUUAUCAUGUUGAUACUUGCCUGAGAUUGAUAUUCUUAAAAUUACUGCAGACACUU